UCUCUUCGCUGUCUGAGCUGUACAAAUCGUCAUAACAUUACCAAACUCAGAAAGUUCUCUGACUCUCUCUCUCUCUCUCUCUCAAUCUGCUUUUUUUUUGGUGGUUUCAGUUUCAGUUUCAGUUUCAGUUGUGUAUGAUCUCUCUCUCUCUCUUGAAUUGAAGUUGAAGACUCCAACUGUUUCUUCUGGUCAGCUAGUGUAGAUGGCGAGUCGGCUGAAGGAAGAUGAGAAGAACGAACGCGUGAUUCGAGGUCUUCUCAAGCUUGAACCGAAUCGCAGAUGCAUAAACUGCAACAGUCUGGGACCACAAUAUGUGUGCACAAAUUUCUGGACGUUUGUUUGCACUAACUGUAGUGGAAUACACCGGGAAUUUACGCAUCGAGUAAAAUCAGUUUCAAUGUCUAAAUUUACUUCACAAGAAGUUAGUGCACUUCAAGAAGGAGGAAAUCAGCGUGCAAAAGAAAUUUAUUUUAAAGAAUGGGAUGCACAACGUCAGUCUUUCCCUGAUAGCAGUAAUGUUGACAGGCUCCGAGACUUUAUUAAGCAUGUUUAUGUGGAUAGAAGAUUCACUGGAGAGAGGACCUCUGACAAACCACCAAGAACAAAGGCUGGUGACAAAGAUGAUUUCUAUGAAAACAGGAAAUCUGAGGCAUAUCAGGGAGGAUCUAAAAGCCCUCCAUAUGAGGACACAUAUGAACGCCGUUAUAGUGGGUCUAGUCCAGGUGGAAGAAGUCCUGGAUAUGAUCAAGAAAGUAGGCAAUAUGGUGAUUAUAAGAGAAGUCCUGGUCGUCCUCCAAUAAUCAAUGAUUGGCGUCGUGAAGACCGAAGAGUGGAAAGCCAAUCUCCUGAACGAGCCAAAGAUCUGGGUUCUUCAAGCCCACCUGUGGUUCGACCUGUUAGAGAUAUUUUGGGAGAAAAUGUAGUACCUCUUCGGAUAAGUGAACCCCCCAAACCGAACAGUGGAAGGGCUGCUGAUGGCUCAGCACUGACACAGAGAACUGCAUCUUCCAGUAGCUUGGCAUCCAGCAAUGGGAACCCUGUAGAUGUUAAGCUUGAGACUACUAAGAGCCUUAUUGAUUUCGAUGCUGAUCCUGAACUUCCUGUUGCUCCAACAAUUCCUCAAGCCGUACAUGCAACUGUGCCUCAACCUGUUGUGCAGCCAACGAAAUCCAGUGAUGACAAUUGGGCCUCUUUUGAUGUUGCUUCUGAGGCAAAAACAACUCCUAGCCCCUCAAAUUUAAAUCCACUUGAAUCUGUGCUGUCCCAAUUGUCUGUGCCAUCAUCUUUACCUGCUCAUGUUUCUGGAGUUCAAGGACCUAUUGCAGCAUCAACUCUUACUUCUGCUUCUGGAGCUGCAAGGGUUAGCGGUUUCUCAGCUUUCCCACCCAGUGGUACUUCAGUACAAUCUCCUGGAUUGACAACAGUAUCGCCUCUUAAUAAUGCAGGACAGUGGUUCAGUCUACAGCAUCAGCAACCGUUGUUCCCUGCUGCUGUUAGUCAGUCUACUGCUCAACAAUUUACAGCACCAGUAGGUGGAGCUGUGAAUAAUCAGCCAUGGAAUAUGCCCUCUGUACCCAUGUUACAUGGGCAUCCAAACACACCAAUGCCACAUGCAUAUCCACAUGCCUCAAAGCCUGCCAAUGAGACUAUUGCCGGUGUUGUCUCACAACCUUACACUGUAGAAGUAAAACCAAGUGAAAGAAAAGAACUUCCUGAGGAUUUGUUCACUGUAAAAUACUCAUCCUUCCCUGCUCCAGUUCGAGGUUGGCAAAUGGGUCUUCCCCAUGGCAUGGCUAUCUCAAUGCAAUAUAAUAAUGUGGUGCCAGUGCCAAGUUUUUCACAGCCAUCAAAGUCAAUGAAUCCAUUUGAUGUCAGCGGUGGACCAACCCGGGAUCAAGCCCCAACUUUUCCUUCCAUGUCAUCCUUGCAGGGUGCCCUGCCUAGUGUACCUCCUUCUGGGGCAAUGCACCCUUCAAGCCUGGGUAAUCCAUCACAUGCCUGGACUCCACCCCCGUCAUCAUCAUAUGUAUCAUUCCUGCCUGCACAAGCACAAACUCAUGCAUCAGCAUUGGGACCAAGGGCAUACGUGGGGCAACAAAUGCCAACUAACAUGCCAAUGCCAAGGCAAGACGUCGGGAAUUUUGGUACUGGGGGAGCUAUUUUCGGCUUGUCAAAUCCAGAUCAGCAGCUGACUAAUAGGAUGUCAACUGCUCCCAGCCCUAACCCCUCCCCUGCAGGAGGCAACCCAUUUGGAUAAUUUUGAUGAAUUUUCCACCGUACUUGAAAAGAGUACUAGUCAAGCAUCAACUUGUUGCUCCCUGUACAAAUAUGUGUAAGUUUCGGUUUCUAUUGCUUGCCAGUCGAAGUGAUACACUCACGCAUAGUGAGAUAUUUGUAUUAACCCCUGGGUCGAAGUCAAAUAUUUGCUAUUGGCAGUGUAAAAUAUGUAUUGCUAUAGGAAUUGGGAAGACAAAAUUUGCCCUCUUGUAAGUGGGGCGUUAGAGGACGGAUGAAUGAAGGGGAUUGCAGAGAACGCUUCCAGGAGACUUUUUUUUAUUAUUAGUAUAAUUUUGGGUCCACCCAUAUGUUCAUUUGUAGUGUAGAUUGGGCUAAUCUGUUGCCCCCUAGCUGUGUUCUUUUUUGGUUUUAUUAUAUUGUAUGAUUUUGUGUAAUCUCACAAUUUUGGCAAGAUCAAUAUUUUGUGCAAAGUACAUGAAAUCAUCUUACUGCUACUAUGGCCAAAUUUUAGUUC